GGUAACUACAAGCAGUAGCCGAAACAGGAGCAAAAGCGAACAUGCAUACGGUAACACUAUGUCUUCUCGCCAUUGCUGGCGUCACGUGCGCUCUUGAAAUUCCUGACAUCUCUCCGCAACUUUCGACUGUGAAACCGAUCGCUGACCUUGGCUCCGAGAUAAAUAGAAUUAUAAACGGAGGCAACCAAGAUAACUCAGAUGAGAGGAAUGACAAUGACACAGCGAGGCUAGCUUCUGAAUUGGGAAAACAAGUUGCCCAGGACAUCGAAAACGCCAUUCGAACAGGAGCAUCGAUUGGGACAGCUCCAUUUAAAUUCGGGGCUGCUUUGAGGAAUAAGCUUGCCAAUGACAUCGCACGAUGGUUGAAAAGAGUACUCAAUCAGCCAAAUAAUUCCAGACUCGACAACACCUUGCUAAACUUAGCUACUCAGUUGACUAAUAGGAUCGCCCAAACCGUUGAAAACGCGGUUGAAAUUAAAGGGAAAAUCUUGGGACGUUUUAUCGGAUUGACUGCAUUAACGAAGGCCAAACUUAUUCAGGAUGUUACAGACUGGAUAACACAGACUGUUCAACCGGCUAUCCCAGAUGUUUAUCUGCAGCUAGGUCCGUUGAUCUGUUAUAACGGAUCAUGUGCUUUCCAGAGAACUACUACUGCGCCUUCAAGGUCAACAUCCUCAACCACGACAACUCAAUCUUCUACCAAUCCUUCAACAUCGGAUGCUUCGACGACAAAAACUACUACGACGACUCCUGAGAACCAAUCAUCCAGUGAAAGUUCUUCCACCAAGCAAACCGCAAGUCCGAGGAACCGGAGGGGUGUUGAAGAUGAUGUGUCGAACAUUCUUGGAUAACACGACUUCAGCGAACUGCUCAACUUCAGUCAAUUAUAAAAUCUGGCGACUACUUUAUCCGAUGACGACUUUUCAAAAAUCACCAAAUCCGUACCCUUGAUACCAAGCCCACAGGACACACUCAAGUUUCCACUUCUACCUGGCUUAAGAGAGAAUGUUGAUUACGCUAGGAAUUGGACGACAAAAGUUAUUGCCCCAGGAAGAAAGGAUCUGCGCUCUGCCGUUCAAAGCGCUACCGAAAAGGCGAUACACAGUUUGAACCUUGUAGGUGCAUUAACUGCCUUGUGCUUUACAAUUUCGAACAUAUAUCAUACAGUAGUACUAAAUUCCCCACUGUUUAUUGUGACCGACAUUAUUCUUCAAGAGGUCUAAUCACAAUCGCAGAAGUUAUUAAGAGUGUGUUGUAUGUCGUAGGCAAGGAUAUUCAAAAUAUAGCUCAAGUUAUUUCAGGUUGAGGAGUUACUUAAUGGACGAUAAUGUAUGUAGUUAGUGCAGAAUACAAUUGAGUUGAAUACUGUAUAAUAUGUAGUAAAUACAGAUGCAUUUUAACAAAAUUA